UGUCAGUUUCUAGUGCAAUUCAGAAUUUAUUUGGUGGUUUAAAAAACUUGAGUACUAAGGGAUAUCUAUCUCGUGGAGGUAACAAGAACGUUAAUCGCCGAGAAAUUCGUUUUGCUGCGCAAAACCUUUACAAGCGAUAUCCUGGGCAUUUAUUCUUUGAGACGUACCACGUUAAUGUGGAUGUUUUUCGUGAAAUUGUGGAGAAAUUACGUCCAUAUUUUGAAAAGAGUUCGACGAAGAGGCCUUAUUCUACGGAAUGCAAAAUCGCUGCCUGCCUCCAUAUGCUGGCACACGGAUCAUCGGUACGGUCACAGUGCGAACUUCAUGGUUUGUCGCGCUCGACGACGUGUAGAGCUUUUCGGACGUUUUUGAAUGCCCUGAAGAAAGAAUACUGGUCGCUUAUACAGUUUCCCGACGAAGAUGGUAUGAUGCGUUCGGCCCGUGAGUUUGAAGAAAAAGGACUGCUUUAUGGCGCUGAUUGGGUACCAAAAAUACUGGGAGCAGUGGACGGGACACACAUCAACAUUAAAGCACCACACUCUCGCCCCGAAAGCUACGUCAACAGGAAAGGGGAAUUAUCUCUUAACGUGCAGGCUUGUGUCAAUUCUUCUAUGGAAUUUAUACAUCUAUAUGUUGGAGCUCCUGGGCGGGUGCAUGACCAGAACGUGUACGACAAUUCGGGGCUGGAAGGCUUAAUUCCAGAGAACUGGAUGAUUUUGGGUGAUGGUGGGUACCGUGCGACAAGAAAAGUUUUGACACCGUUUAGAGAGAACGGCCGCCUCUCAGCUAGGCAGGAAGAUUUCAAUGAAAUUCAGUCCAGUUUAAGAAAAGUCGUUGAAAGAGCUUUUGGCGUUCUGAAGCGACGUUUUCGAAUUUUGAAGUUCUUGGAUUAUGACGACAUGAGUGCAAUGAAGCACAUUAUUAUUGUGUGCUGUCUGCUUCAUAAUUUGGACAUCAAAUCCGUAGAUGAUUUUACGUUGGAGGGAGACGAUCAUGUCGAAGCGGUUGAUCUGGAUGAUGAAGAGGAUGCUGUUGCCGAAGGAGCAUUUGGCGAUUUUAAAAACGCUCUAGUUGCGCGGAUGCUGCCAAAUUCGUUGGGUUAAGAAAUCGGGAAGGUGACCUAACGAAGUGGACCUGAUGCGAGUGAGAAUCUGUUGCUGCGCUAUGGGAACACUGUAGAGUGGUGGCUAAAUGCCAGUACGGUACAGUAUACAAUGCGCGUUGAAGUCGUCGUUUAUGCUGCGGUUAGCUGUUUAAAUGUGGAUGAAGUUGAAAAUGGAUGGACGCCCUUGUACCUCGGAGUGGCUGCGCGAUCAUUAUGAAAGCGCUUUAUCUUCGGCUCUCAUUCUGGACUGUCAUCCUCAUGCAGAAUACAAUUAUGUCGGCCAUUAAUGUAAGCCUACCGGCGAUUGUGCUGCGCUCACAUUUUUUGUAACCUUCGUUGCGAUUAAAGAAACUUUGCGAUUUGUCGAAGCUAGGUAGUUCACCGGAUUGGUUAACUAUCCGGAUAGGUUUUAACCGAAAACCGCUGUUUAAACGAUCCUCGUAAA